CAACAGCAGCAGCAACAGCAUCACCUUCAGUUGCAUCAACAGCAACAUCUGCAGCAACAGCAGCAUCACCAAAUCCAACAGCAUCAAAUGCAACAACAACAGCUGCAGCAAAUGCAGCAACAGUAUCACCAGCAACAGUUACAGGAGCGACAGCAACAAAUUCAGCAAAUGCAACAACAACAACAGCAGCAAGUGCAACAACAAAAUGUGCCACAGCAAGAAACGACACAACCACAGGUGCAACCAAACCAGCAACAAACUCCAAACUUUGUGAUUUUUCAGCCUCCUAAGCCUGGUCCACCUGACACAGUGCCUAAAGAGGAUGUCCAGUCAGUUGUGCCGCAGCAGGAACCAGAGGCCCAAACCAGUGACGCAUCACCCGUACCGGAUCCAUGCCCCGAAAAGGUAGCCACAAAUCCUGCAGAGCUUUCAGAUGCACUGCUGGCUGCCCCUCGGCGUUCACGUCGCCUUUCCAGGGAGGGACAGUCCCCACUGGGACCCCCUUCCACAAACCUUUGGUCUCAAGCAUCCAAAGAGCUUCCACCAUCCCAUAACGGAGUAGCAGGCACUCAGGCUGUUAAAGGAGGGGAAGUGACAACAGGAGGGGUCAUCCGUAGGAGAAGGAGAGCAUCUAAGGAGAUCAACUUGGAAACUCUGGCCCAGAAGGCUUCAGAAAUGGAGUCUCUGCCUGCUGAAAUGUUCAAGCAGGAAGAUGGUUCUUCAGGCAGACAGGCCAAUAUGGUGCCUCUGGUUAUCCCUGUGUCAGUGCCAGUGCACAGUAGGCAAGCAGAUCCUCACGGUGGCUGGACUCAGGGACGACUCGGCCAGGGUGAGCGGCCUGCAGGACAGUCCGAUCGCAAACCUGUCAUUGUGGCUCGUCGGCGAUCACUCAGAAACUCCAUGACCGAGAGUUUUGGCCAGGAUGGGGAAAACGAUCCCGGGCCGGACGAGGAUGGAAAAUCCAAAUUUAAGUACCGACCUCGUCCCGAGCCUCUCAUCAUCCCUCCGCACAAACCAUCCACCUUCAUCCCUCCAUCCCUCUACUCCAGCAUCUCCUCCUACCAGAGCAACCUGCGCUCUCCAGUCCGCCUGCCGGACAAACCCCUCACACUGCCCCCGUACACGCCUCCACCCAUCCUGUCUCCUGUGCGCGAGGGCUCGGGACUCUACUUCUCCACCUUCCUGACCAACAUCGCCGUAAGCAACCAAAUCCUGCCACCGCCACCUGCGCCCAAAUCUGCGACACGCAGUCUGUUGCGCUCCACAAGUUCAGAAAUCACACCUCCUGUUCUGUCCUUGAUCACCGAUGCCGCACCUGCUAGCCUUGAACCACGUAUAAACAUUGGGCAAAAAUACCAGGCAGAAAUUCCUGAGUUGCAGGAUCAACCUUCCUCCCAGUUUGACCUGCACAAGGCUGACUUGGUUUGGAUCCCUAUGGAGGACUCCCACCUCAAACACGGUGACCAAGAGAGCAUGGAGGAUUUGCUGAACAUGGCUUGUUGCAGUGUGCUCAGGGGCGGAGGAACCAACCAGGAGCUGGUUUUACACUGUUUACACGAAUGCGGAGGUGAUUUCCUUGAAACACUGGGACGUUUGAUGCUUCAGGACCCAGUUUUCCCCAAUGGUCAUCACCUGGCAGGUUAUCACUACUCAGGCUCUGACUGCUGGACUGCAGAAGAGAAGUGCUACUUCAAUAAGGGCAUCUCUGCCUACAGGAAGGACUUCUUCAUGGUGCAGAAAUUGGUGCAGACCAAGACUGUGGCUCAGUGUGUGGAGUUCUACUACACAUACAAGAAACAGGUGAAGAUCGGACGCCACGGGAUUUUAACCUUUGGCCCGCCAGAUUCACCAGGGGAGAAGCCCACAGAUGUUGUGGUGGACAUUAAGAGUUCACAGCAGACAAAAAUGACUCAAGGAGAGAUGGAUGGAGAUGAAAAUAAGGAUGUUUCUUACGAGAGCAGCCAGCGGGCAAGGGUUGCUCAGUCACUACAGGCUCACGACUAUGCAGGGACAUUACCAGUGAUGAAAGAGCCACACUCUUUGAAUAAGGAGGCUCACCACCCGGCAGCACCUCACAGGCCUCGGGCUGAGCCUGCAGCAAAGAGGAGCAAAGCUCCAGCGAAGCCCCCACCGGAUCCUGACGCAGAAUUUCCGUGCAAGAAAUGUGGCAGGGUGUUUUAUAAAGUGAAGAGUCGAAGUGCCCACAUGAAGAGUCAUGCGGAGCAGGAGAAGAAGGCUGCAGCGCUGCGUCAGAAAGAGGAGGAGGAGCAGGCAGUAGCUGAAGCUCGGGCCAGGAAGGUAGUAGUGGUGGCGGCGGCGGCGGCGGCGGCAGCGAUGGCGACUAAUCCGGGAGGAAACGGAUUGACAGAGCAGGCAGAGUUCAGCAGCCAUGAAGACUCAUCUGAGAAAGAGGAUGACAAAGAUGAAGACUGGCACUGAGAGACAAAAAAAAAAAACAGGAGAGAAGAGAAACCAAUGAGAAGAUGGAUUGAUGGGUAAAAAAAUAGGGUAGAGAUGGAGGUCGCAUAAGAGAGGGAGGGAUGAAAAAAGAUGUCCUGCCCAACGGAGCGCAGAAUAAAGACUCUGUUAAACUUCACACUCCUUCCCCGGCUGACGCUGGCUCUUGGUGACCGCUGUCCAUCAGCCAGCCAGUCACAUGCCACAUCUUCACACACUUUGUAUCUUUUUAAUAUUCAGAGGAAGUUUAUUUUUUGUAAAUGCACUUAUUCUGUAUGCUUCUGCUUUUGCCAAUAUUGCCUUUUUAUAUCCUUUAUUUAAUUGAAUAUAUGUCAAAAUAUUAUACAUUUUCAUUGCGUGGAUUUAUGAUAUUUCAUAAGAUAAUCAGGAUGCCUGUUUAGCACUAAAACAUCAAGAUCAAAGCAAUCUUUCACUUUACAUCAUAAUCCCUUUUUAAAUAAAGAUGGGGUAAGAGCUUGUAUUUAUCUUCUUUGGAAAAUACUGUGCUGAAUUUUGCAGAUUUUCAUCAGAUUUUUAGGUUGGUUGCACACUUAUUUUACAACUAAGGGAGCUUUUGAAAUAAUUAUGUACAAAAAACUAUAUGAGAUGGCCAUAUAUUUAUGAUACUGCAUUUUAGCAAUGAUUUUUGGUAAUAUAAAAACUAAUCAUGUCAGCUGCAAUAAGACUUUGAAUUGAAAAGUUUAUUAAAAUAUCUACUGUUCUGAAAA